AUGGAUGCGGCUGCUGGCACAAGUACGACACAGUCUCAUCGACACAAACCACUGUCAAAAGCUGAGAAACAAAUCGUGUGGAAAGUAUAUGAUGGGCUUAAGAAAACACAUCCUACAACGGAAGCUGUAGAUCGCUGUUCGUUCUUAACAGGAGUGUCAGCCACCACAGUUGAAAGAAUUGUGCGUGAAUUAAAAAGCACAGAAACUUUAAGUGCGCCAAAAACUCGCCAGCGUGGACGAAGAUCUUUUCAUUUAAGUGAAUCGCAAAUGAGUAUAAUCCGGAGAACUGUACAUACGUUCUUUUUAGAAAAUAAGCUUCCAACUAUCAAAAGUGUUAAGGUUAAGUUGCAGGAGAACGACAUGAUUCCUCAAAUGGGCCGUGAAACUCUAAGAAAAGUUUUGCAUAAAAAAAUAUACUACCUUGAUGAAACUUGGAUUAAUGCCGGGCAUACGGUUUCAAAAAUUUGGCACGAUACAACUAUAAGAACUCCUCGUCAAGCAUUUAUAGAAGGCUUAUCUACAGGCUUACGAGCACCAUCAGGCAAAGGUCAACGUCUUAUUGUAGCUCAUAUCGGUAGCGAUACAGGUUUUCUUGAAAAUAAUGCUCUCGUUUUUAUAUCAAAGAAAACUGGCGACUAUCACGAGGACAUGGACGCCGUAUGCUUUGAAAGAUGGUUCGAAAACGUUCUUCAGCAUCUCGAACCUAACUCAGUGGUCGUAUUAGACAAUGCACCCUACCAUAGUCGACUUGUUGAACGAAUUCCUACUAUGAGUGACAAAAAAGCAGUUUUGCAACAUUGGUUGAGGGAAAAAUCAAUUCCAUACGGCGAGGAUAUGGUUAAAUUAGAGCUUAUUGGUAUUAUUAAACAACAUCGUGGUACAUAUCGUCAGCAUGCUGUAGAUACAAUGGCUAGACUUCAUGGCAUUACCAUCUUACGACUACCGCCUUAUCAUUGUGAAUUGAACCCAAUAGAAUUAAUUUGGGCACAAAUGAAAGGAUAUGUGGCUCGGGAAAAUGUCACAUAUAAAAUUAGUGAUGUCCAGCGUCUCUUGCAAGCCAGUUUGGACAGUAUUAAUUCAACUGAUUGGAAGAAUGCGAUAAGCCAUGUCAUUAAAGUAGAAGACGAUAUGUGGAGGUUGGACGGCAUGGUGGAUAAUGUUAUUGAGCCUGUGAUAAUACAAUUAGGAUCAAAUGAUUCAGACAGUUCUGCAGAAUCAAUGGAGUAA